UAUACAUUCAUCCACGGAGUAGUACGAACAACUGGCUCACUACAUAUUGAUAUUGGAUAUUGGAUUAAGUGUUAAGAGAGCGGGAGGAUUGGAAUUUGUUAGGCGUUUUCACUGUGAUCGUCAAGAUCUUCGAGCUCAUGACCACCAUGUUUAACCAGAUAUUUUAGGUAUUCUUGUCACACAGAUAAUUAAUUCUAGUUGUCUUGACAGACUGCAACUUCAAACAAGAUGGAUGUACAAUUAUCGCUUAUGAACUUCAGCGAAAAGUUUUAUGGGAAGAUAUUGGAAGAAAACAAGAGUAAGAUAGUCUUCCAUAGUACACUGGUUAGUAUGCUUAGAAAAACUGGAGAAUACUUUCCUCUCUCCUUUCAAUAUCUAUACUACCCUCGGAAUGGUUCUGUCUGGCAGUGCAUUGAACACAAAGGCUGAGAUAAUGAAAACAAUGCAAUUAUCUGAAUGCUUAGAACAUGAUAAAGUUCAUAGCGGAAUAAGUGAACUUCUCAAUAACUGUUCAAAACGUGGUGGUGUUAACAUUAUCCUUAGCAGUGGACUUUUCGUUGAACGUGAUGUUAGUAUCAAGCAGCAAUUCGAAAUUUAUUUGAAGACUUACUAUAAUGCACUGAUAGAACAUAUGACAUUUCAGACGGACAUAGAAUGUGCUCGUAAACGAAUAAACAAGUGGGUUAGUGAACAAACCAACGGAAAGAUCCAACAACUCCUCUCACCUGGGUCUCUAGAAGAAGACACACGGGUUGUAGUGUUAGCUACUACAUAUUUCAAAGGUUUAUGGAAAUCGGCUUUUCCUGUGCGAAACUCUCACGUUGAUAAGUUUUUUCGUCUAGACAGGUCAAAAAUAGACGUAAGGUUUAUGUAUAUUAAUUCCUCAUUCGGCAUGGUCAGCCUGCCACAUUUGAAGUCACGAGCUAUCAAGAUACCUUUCAAGAGUCCUAAAUUCUCAUUAUUGGUCGUUCUUCCAAACACAAAUGACGGAUUACCUGAUUUACUGAAAUCAUUGUGUAAAGACAAAGGAAUUUCAUCAAUUCUUUCUUCUAACUUUACGGAUACCAGUAUACAUUUGUACUUACCAAAGUUCAAACUGAAGGAAGGCAGUGCUAUAAGCCUUGUAGACUAUCUACAGAAAAUGGGAAUGAGAGAGGCUUUUUGUCCAGGAUCAGCUAACUUUACAAACAUGUCUGAAUCAAGUAAUUUUUGUAUAGGAGAUAUACUUCAUAAGGCUAUUCUCGAAAUGGAUGAGCGAGGUGCAGUGGCAGCUGCAGCCACUUCUGUAGAAGUUAUUAAUCUUUGUUUAUGUGAAUCUGAAGAACCUGAUGAGGAAUUCCGUGUUGAUCAUCCAUUCUUCAUUUCAAUUAUAUGGAACAAUACUGUGCCAGUAUUUCUUGGACAUGUAGUAGCUCCAACGGAAUAGUAGCCUAAGUAGUAUAUUCAAUAAUUAAAAAUAUUUUACUGAUCAAAUCAGUGUUUAAAUACUUUCUUAACUUUAUCUAAUCGUUUAUUCGUGAUCUUUAUACCUUUAAUAUUGAACAGUUCUAAUGAGCAGUUGCUUAUAAUUUCAUGGACAUGAUAUGUUUUUUUUCAAUGACUCCUUUGAAUGUUGUCACUUAGAAGCCGUUGAUCAAGGUAACUACAAAUGUUUUGUUAUUUUGUCAUACAGAAUUUAUUAAAUUUCAUUUCCAUUAAUUUCUUGUUGUUUGUGAAUAAUAUAAGUCGACUACAUUAAGGAAUUUCAUUUGCUGACUAAUUCA